CCUAGUGGAGCUUCGACUGUUCACUUGCCGUUAAAUGAACGGGACUUAAUCUUGAAAUACAAACCUCACGGAUGGGACGCUACAGCGAACAGCCUUCCAGUUAACCACGAAGCUACAAAGACAUGACCGGCUCCGGGACGCUCCUCUCCUGUCGGAACGCGAGGCUGGACUCAUUCCUAAAGCGAAACACGGAGCGGGCGGUGUACGAGCGGAUCCGAGCCUGCGAACCGUGCGUGGUGGUGACGGAGACCGUUAACAAAGUUUACAUGCACGUGGUCGUGAGCGACGAGUGGGUUUACCUGACUGAAUACCCGCCGCGCACGCUCACCGCGGUAGUAAACUUUGGGCGCGUGCGUAAUAUUGGGCUGGUGAAUGACCUCCCAGAAUUCCUCAGUUUGAAGGACAGGGAACGCUGUCAGCACAUACGAAUCAUCUACGUCACUGAAAAGCCUGCAGGGAAGGGAUGCGUUUGGUCGAGGAAAGGCAAGGUGGAGGAGGGACUUCCUGUUGCCUUGUCCUCUCGUAGAGCCAGCCACUGUCCCAUGCCAACCAACACCUCAGAAGGAUAUCCUGCAGAGAGUCAGUGGAUGGAGCAGCUCCAGCCGGUGCUGAAGUCCACUCGCUCUACUUCCUGCCCAAACCCACAGACUCUGGGCCUCCCACACCCUCCCUCCCAGCCUUCCUCUUUUUACUCCACUUCAUCCACCUCCCCUCCUUUUCUAUCAGAUGAAAGUCUGAUGACAACUGACACUGGUCAGGUGACACGAAGUAUUGGCUCGGUCCUGUCAGAUCUGCUGAGGCGAGACGAUGCAAACAGCAUGGAGGAGAAGGAGGCGGAGCUGCAUCUGUACACCGUUUCACAGAAAUCCAGACUUUACCUCCACCUGCAGAGCAUGUGGAACAGCUUCAUUAUUAGAUCCACUCUGAUGUUAGAUCCAGUCUACAGAAAGAUGUAUACCACCUGUGACCCGCUUGCUAAAGGAAUCAGCAUGGAGCGGACGGCUCACCUGUUCGGUCAGCUGAGCUCAGAGCUCCUGCAGGAUGGGAUCAGUGUGGAGCUCUUGUACCUGCUGCUGCAGGAGCUAAGAACAGCAGCUCACCGAAACUUAACACUUCGCAGACUCUUCUGGAAGUGCAGUGAGUUGUGUGUUUUCCUGGUCCAGACUCUGGAGAAUUGUCUUUUCGGCUGUCAGAGUCUCCAUGGAGUUUACACAGCAGAUCAACUAUUACUGAGCACUCUGAUCGUCCAGACGCUCGCCAUCAUGUUCCGGGAGACGGAGGUGGAAGCAGCCAGAAUCCACCUGCUCUCUGCUGAGAAUGGUGCUCUGGCCUCCAGAAUGCUGCUCGCCCUGAUUUGUGAUCCUCAAUGUGAAACAAACAGCAGAAGAUCCCUGGUUGGCUCUGAGCUGCAGGUCUUACUGGCGGAGUAUCUGGAUGCUGCCUGCUCGCUGCUCUUUGAGCUGCUGCUUUUAGGCCAGGAGGUGAAUUCAGACCGCAGACAGACCAACAGGUGUUUCUCUACAGACAGCAUCCUGUCUGUCGGCUGGACCUUCAAAGUCCUACAGCCUCAUCCUGACCUGUUGUCCUUCAUCAGUUACCAGGCCUCGCAGGUGGUUCUGGUUCUGUCGUCCAAUCAGAAGUCGUUCCUGAGCCCCCCUCAGUCCGUCCUGCUGUUCAAGCGCUGCCGCCUCCUGCUGGCCUGUCUGCAACAGGACACCCAGCUGGCUGAACACCUCCGGUUUAACUUCAGACAAGACUUCAGAUACCUUGUAAAGCCCUCAUAUGCUACAGGGAAGCUGUCACCUAAAUAUCCCAUCAGCCAACCAACUCUACAGCUGGUCGCCUGUAUUCUGACGCUCAUAGAUAAAUCAUCUGUUAUCUGUGAGAGUCAGAAUACAGGCGACCAGCUGUAGUCGGUAAGGACAGGAACUUCUACUGCUCCCAAGUUUCUAUGUUCACCCCGCUGAAGGGGUAGGGGCUUAUAAAAAAGAAAAAGUGUGCCUUUAACAGAGCAAG